AUGAACCUCAGCAUUCGUUACGAGUAUUCCUUCUUUGUGAGAGGCUGGUACGACGGGAUGACGUACAGCGUCUUCAGGUCAGACGGGGUCAUGGUGGACACAGCCCCUCCCAAGACAACCGACAAACAGGCGCUCACAGUUAUUGAGGUCAGGGGUGACCAUGGACUGAAGGAUGUAGACUUCCAGAAGGAGACGGACACAAUGAGGAUCAGCUGGACCAACAAGUUCCUGCCGGGCGCCGUUGGUAUUCUGAAGUACCGAGUCUACAUCAGCACAAGCCCCGGGGGACACAAUAUCCACGCGUCUGAUGACCUGACCACGACGACCUACACAGCAAGGAACCUGAGUUUACAGGCAGCCACAGUGUACUUCUCCAGUGUCGUGGCCUACAGCAGAGCUGGCCUGGUCAGCUGGGCCUACUCUGACGGUGUCCGAGUGGACGUGCUGCCUCCAGUUGCGGGUACAGUCAGUGAUGGACAAGAGAUGCACGACACGGACUACCAGAGUUCUCCAUCCGCUGUAUCGGCUUCCUGGCACGGCUUCUCCGACACGGACUCCACCAUCAUCACAUACUUCUGGUGUGUGGGAAGACACAACGACACAACCGACUGCAGUGUGCUAGGCUGGCGGGAGACCGGGCUUCACACCACCUUCAAGGCACAACUUGCUUCACCUCUCCAGAGUGGUACACGUUUAUGGAGCAAGGUGUAUGCUGUAGAUGCAGUGGGUCACGCCUCAGACGUAGCUGUAUCGGAUGGUGUUGUCGUGGACACGUCUCCCCCAGAACCACAGGCCGUUGCAUACUUGGGAGACAACCUGGUGAAAAAUCCCUCGUUUGAGAUACAAAAUAAACCUGUUAAUUCAUCGACAUGUAAUGACCGUGUUCCCGAGUACUGGCAGACUGACAACUAUUCGUGUAUACACAUCAUUACAUCCGAGCGUCAAUUAGCCAGACAUGGUAGCAGCUAUGUUGUAGUCAGCGGAUCUGUUCUCCAGGCAGAUAUACAUCUCAGUGUGGCACAAAUGUACAAAGUGAAGAUUCAUGCAGGAUAUACAGAGGUCACGGACACACAUCAUAGCGCUAUAGAAGGCUUCGUGUCAGUUGGCGCUGAAGUCAUCACAUUCAGUCUUGAGCCCAAUCUGUGCCGAGGGGUGUGUGAUGUGGGUAGACAUUCUGUUAUCAUGUGGAAUACACACACACUUUCCUUCAUAGCUCGGGAGGAAUCAGCACAACUUACUAUUGGCACAAAGUCAAGAUCCAUGGUGAUGGCGGUUGAUCACGUGACACUUCAGAGCAUCACCUAUAGUGGACAUGACGGCACUGUGGACACAGAGAAGCACGUUGAGGUGAACGCCGUGUUCCUGCCUGACUGGUCGUCCCUGCAUGUGUCCUGGCACUUCACGGACAGCGAGUCGCCCAUCACCAUGUACCAGUGGGCAGUGGGUGAGUCUCCCAUCACCAUGUUCCAGUGGGCAGUAGGUGAGUCCCCCAUCACCAUGUUCCAGUGGGCAGUAGGUGAGUCCCCCAUCACCAUGUACCAGUGGGCUGUAGGUGAGUCUCCCAUCACCAUGUACCAGUGGGUAGUAGGUGAGUCCCCAAUCACCAUGUUCCAGUGGGCAGGAGGUGAGUCUCCCAUCACCAUGUCCCAGUGGGCAGUAGGUGAGUCUCCCAUCACCAUGUACCAGUGGGUAGUAGGUGAGUCCCCCAUCACCAUGUUCCAGUGGGCAGUAGGUGAGUCUCCAAUCACCAUGUCCCAGUGGGCAGUAGGUGAGUCUCCCAUCACCAUGUCCCAGUGGGCAGUAGGUGAGUCUCCCAUCACCAUGUCCCAGUGGGUAGUAGGUGAGUCCCCCAUCACCAUGUCCCAGUGGGCUGUAGGUGAGUCCCCCAUCACCAUGUACCAGUGGGCUGUAGUGGGCAGUAGGUGA